UUCAAACUUUUCCCGAGACAAACGAUGUUGAUUCCAAGUUUUCUACUUAGUUUAUAUCUGGGGGUUGUUUAUACUUGUCAUACCACUGAAAUACAAUACAACUGGUCUUUAGGUGCACCUAGCAAGGAUACAGAUGGCUGUAUAGAAAUGAACACUAGUUAUGAUGGAACUGAGAUCAAGCAACUCAUUUCCCCAAGUUUUGUGAACUGCCAAGCUCAAUGCGCUAUUGUCAAUGCUUGUGUCUGGUUCAAAUUUAAAAGAUCAGACCUAGCUGAAACUUGCUUUUUAAUGUCAACCAAGGGUGCCAAGAAUAAUGAUACUGAUGCAGUAUCAGGCCCACCACAUUGUUUAACAAAAGAUCUUAAAACUACAUCAGUCAUUCCCACUUUGGUCACACUUAAACCAAAUGCAUCACUUAACAACUCAACCAACUCUAAUUCUGUGACCCCGGCCACUAAACCCAAAAAUUUUGAUCCGGUAACCUCCAUGAUUCCACCACUACCAGGUCCUACCGUUUCCUUCAAUCUAUCUGCACUAUGCAUGCAAGCAGUUGCAUAUGAUGGAAUUACUCUUCCAAAUGUCAUAGUUACAAGUGAUUACAUCCUCAAACAUUGGCAAGAAUGUCAACAGAAGUGUUUUGAAACAAAGUUAUGUACAUUUUUCACUUACAAUACCGAAACAACAGUUUGUUCUUUAACAAAAGACAAGGCUGAAGACGUUAAACCCAAACCUGCCCCUGGAGAAAUAUAUGGCCCCAGCACGUGUGUUAACAUCACAGAAAACUGCAUUAAGCAAAAUCAAACUUUUUCAAAUAAACUUAAACGAGCAGGGGUGAAGGAAGAUUUUGGAGUCUUUGAUAAUAUUACGAGUUGUCAGGAAGCAUGUCAAAAUAAAGCGGGUUGUGUCUGGUUCAUGUUUUCUUCCAAAAAUAGAUGUCAGCUUCUAUCUGCCAGGUUUAACAAGACAGGGCUGCCGGGUUAUAUAUCUGGUCCUCCCUCUUGUGCUGAGGAUAACCCUGAGAGCCCUGUUAUACCUCCUCCUGAUGAGAACUGUAUAGAGACUGAUGUAGAAUAUGCUGGAUACAAUAUAUUUAAAAAGACAUCUAGCAUGGACUCAAUUCAAGACACUGUAGAAAAGUGCCAGGAGGCGUGUAGGAACAACACAGACUGUAAAUGGUUUAAUUAUUUAGCCAGUAUGAAGAAAUGCUAUCUCAAGUAUAAGAAGGGGUACAAACAGUACAAAAAGGGGUUGAAAUCAGGGCCCCCCAGCUGUGAAAAUAUUGAACCUGAACUAGACGAAGAGAGGCUAAAUGAUUUGUGCAUUGUAAGAGGGAAACAACAACUUGGCUACAACAAGUAUAGUUAUGACAAUAGGUCAUCUAGUGGUAUCAAAAAAUCUCAUUCUGAAGCCACCACUAUUGAAAAAUGUCAAGAGUUAUGUAAAAAUGACAGUGACUGUGUUUGGUUCAACUUUGAUAUAGAAGAAAAUAGUUGUUUUUUGUUAAGCUUCUUUGGAGGAGACGAUAGAUUUUUUGAAAUGUAUGACAUAUGGAGCGGACCUCCGUCUUGUGAAAGGAAAGAUGGCCCUUUCCCCAGAACUUAUGCAAGAGAUAAUUGUCUUGAUAAAAAUAUGAGAUAUGUUGGGUUUACUAAACCAGUAAAUGACACAGUUGUUAUCAAAUCUGUUGAGGAUUGUAAGAGUUUAUGCCUUGCAACAAAAGAAUGUCAAAGUUUCAGUUAUUUAGAGGAUAAAUGCUAUCUGACUGAAACCCCUGUGUUUCUGGAAUUCAAUGAAGGAGCUAUGAUGGGCAGGAAAACGGAUUGCAGUUAGUUUUCUUUAUGAUAAAUGUUAUCUAAUAAAUUGAUCCAAUAUUUUUU